AUGGCUCGAUGUUCACCUUCUCCAUUGCCUUCUUACACUUUCUUGGGUCUUGAUUUUGUUCUCCAACAAAGGUUACAAGUGCCCAAUCAUCUUCUCCUCUCUUGGACUCUCCACAUGUUCUUGAUUGCAUCAAUGGAAUGUGGUGAAGUUGGUAUUGCUGCUCUUGCAUUGGAGCUACUACUCCCUAGCUUGAUUUGCUUCUUUGGUGGCUCCAUGAAUGGGUUCUUCUUCUUCUUCAUACUCUCAUUUCCUUUUGUCUUUGCCAUUGGUGUACCUUACAAGAGCAAAUUCUUGGGAAGAAAUAUGAGUUUGUGA